AUUAUAUGUCGUUUAUUAAUAAUUGGAAAAAUUGCUAUCUUUAAAAUUUUAGAAUCAGUUUCCCUGAGCUUCAAAUCUAAAAUUUUAUGUCCUGAAAAACCUUACUAAUUUUAUUGUGUGCAGGAGGAAUCUCACACUAUUUUGUAUUUUAUUGUCUAUUUUUUAAAGAUCGCCGGAUUCUUUAUAGAUUCCUCAGUGUCAUUUUAAAAUAUGGACUAUUCACUUCUGCUUUUUCUUUGUAGCGUCCUCUUUGGUAUCUUUAAUACCGCUACACCUGCACUUUGUAGUAUCCCACUAUCAUUUUCACCAGACUCACUUGAAGAUGAUUCACCUCUGAAUGAUAAUUUCUCAUUUAGAACUGAAGACUUAAAAGAUUCACACACUUCCAAGAAAUCAAGUGAAAUAACGGAACCAGACAGUUCUGGAGAUCCUGAGCUUACCCCCGGUACACUUAAUUCAAGAUCCGAGUCCCCUGAACUUACAGCAUCAGUAGAAACUGUCGUCUUAGACGAAUCUCCAGAUGACGACUUUAUUUCCGAGAAAGACUACUCAGACGCCCUUGAUAGCGAAGAUGAUCAAACCGACAGUCUGAGCAAGGAUGCCGUUGAUGAUGACGAAGGCCAACAUGGUCGUUUGUUUGAAAAAUUGUCAACAGAGUACUCUGAUGACUUUAAGAAGUCAACAGAGGAAGGAAUAGAUAUGGACUCUGAGAAAACCUACACCGUUAGGUCAGUACUCCCAGUUGACAGCCUUCUGGUCCUUACAACACCAAGCGGAUGCUCCCUUUUGGAUUUCACGGGAGAAGACGAUGGGUUCCAAGUUGUCGAGUUCAACUUUAAGACUUCAGAACUGGAAGAGUGCUCGAAGUUGACUGAGGACAUCAUCCGUGAGAUGAAUGAACAGUUAGCAAGGGAUUUAGUGGCCCACAGAACCACCCAAGCUACACCACAGACCAAGAUGGUUGAGAUUUCUGUUCGUGACCCUAUGAGGAACAGACAACUUAAUAUCAAGGAAACACAGGCAGUAUUUACCGCCUCCGACAGACUCAACUCUGAGAACUCACCUGACCCAAGCUCACCCAGAUUUGGAGAUGAAAGUGACAUUACAGAGGAAGACAGAAGGGAGGCACUUUUAUUGCUUUCCCGCACUCUUGACUUCGACUACUACCCAACUGACUCUGACUCAGUCUACGUCAUGAGCUUUUCCCUUAACGACCGUGACACUUUGGACUCAAACAGAGAACAGCUGUUGAAUCAAUUUUACCAGUUGUUCAACACUCCAGUGGACCAGAGUGUAAAUGAAGAAGAAAGCAGUGCAAGAACAGAGAACAAGGAAUCGACCUCAACCGAAGAUAAGAUGAAUUUCGAGAGCAUUUUCAAGAACUUGUCGAGUUAUUCAGAGGAGAAGUUAGAGAAGUUAUUGGACGAGAUGAAGGCAUUUUUGGAGACUGAUGAGGGCAAGAAGGCUGUAGAGAAGUUCCAAAACGAAAUGGCUUCGAAGCUAAAGGAGGUGGAAAAGUUGUACAAAGAAGAGUCUGAGCUAGGAAAGAAGAUCUUGGGUGACCUUAGCAAACAUGGAGUGGAAAACGUACAGUGCAGCAAGUUGACAACUGAAGAUUGCGCAAACUACUCAAAGUGCCAAGUGCUAUCAGUAGAAGGUAAAGAUGUAUGCUUCGUAUCUCCCAAGACCAUUUACUGGCUUAUGCAGACCAAAUGCGGACUUCAGUCCAAGGCAGCACUUCUUUCCAUAGCGAGAGAUCUUAGCAACAUCGGAAUCAUCAGCAACAAACACGUCAAUAACCUCGAACAGUCGUUUGACCUCAACAAAAUCUGCAACGCCAUUACACACUCCUAUCUCUCCAAACUCUCUCCGGGACUCAUGAACCCAAAUUCUCGCUCCGCAAAUUCAAAUAAUUAAUUCAUUCACAUAGAUAGUCAUUCACACAGUAAUAUCGUAAUGUAUAA